AUGGCUCGUCCUCGAGCUACAUCUAGUGCCGAUGCCACAAAGGAACCGCACGCGGUCUCCCUGAAAGUAUUGCGCCUCUCCCGACCAUCAUUGUCUUAUCAAUCGCCUCUUCCUACCGCCAACACUAAGAUCUCACCAGCUGCAUCACUGGGCGAUCCUUCGGUAGACUCCGAUAAACAAUUUAUUAUCACGCCUAUUGUUUCUUACACUCCCCCGGCAUUCGGAUCCGUCUACGUCGGAGAAACGUUUGCAUGUACGUUGAGCGCAAACAACGAAAUUCUUGAGGAUGAAAAAGGGCGCGUAGUAACGUCUGUGCGACUCGCCGCUGAGAUGCAAACGCCGUCAUCUAUCGCAUCGCUCGAACUCGAACCUCCCGGGGACUCUGCGCAAGCAGACGGCUUAAAGAUCGGCGAAUCCCUACAAAAGAUUGUCCGAUAUGACCUGAAGGAGGAGGGUAAUCACAUCUUGGCUGUCAGCGUCAGCUAUUCCGAGACACGGAUCGGCCAGGAUUCCCAAGCAGCCAGUAAUCGAGUCCGAACAUUCCGCAAGUUAUAUCAAUUUGUUGCCCAGCCAUGCCUAAGUGUCCGGACCAAAGCAUCAGAACUUCCACCACUGGAGGUUGACAACAAAUCCCUUGGUCCGUAUGGCAAAACUCGUUUGCUUCGUUUCGCCCUGGAGGCCCAAUUGGAGAAUGUGGGGGACGGGGCCGUUGUGAUCAAGCAAACCCGGCUGAACCCCAAGCCACCGUUUAGGUCCGAAUCCCUCAACUGGGAUUCGACAGGUCUAGGUCAGCCUGAAGCCCCACCAACUUUGAAGCCUCGCGACGUGCUACAGAUCGCAUUCUUAGUGGAACAGGAGCAAGGGCGCCAGGAGGGUUUGGAAGCGUUACAGAAGGAUUUGAGGCGCGAUGGGCGCGCCACAUUGGGCCAGUUAUCGAUUGAAUGGCGCGGAGCCAUGGGAGACAAGGGAUUCCUCACCACCGGCAAUCUGAUGAGUCGGAAACGCACCUGA